AUGGACAGCGACCAGGAGGUGAAAGAGCCGCAGAGAUCCCAGUGGAACUGGACAGAGGACACAGGAAAUAAGAGUGGCCAGGCUGACUCGCGCUCCUGCCUCAUCUGUGGUGACCGCGCCACAGGCCUGCACUACGGCAUCAUCUCCUGCGAGGGCUGCAAGGGCUUCUUCAAGCGCAGCAUCUGCAACAAGCGCGUCUACCGCUGCAGCCGAGACAAGAACUGCGAGAUGUCACGCAAGCAGCGCAACCGCUGCCAGUACUGCCGCCUUCUCAAGUGUCUUCAGAUGGGCAUGAACCGCAAAGCAAUCAGGGAGGAUGGGAUGCCAGGAGGGAGAAAUAAAACCAUUGGGCCUGUUCAGAUUUCACACCAAGAAAUUGAACGCAUUAUGACAGGCCAAGAAUUUAAGGAACACAACCAUAUUCCAGAACACUCUUGGGGAGACAACAUGGACAGCGAGCAGAGUUCCCCAGACAACGGUGUCUCUGAGGUCAACCAUCCUUCCCCAGUGUCCACUCUGUCAUCCAGUCGAUCAAUGGACAUCAGCAGCUACAAUGCUACCUACCAGGAACAGUAUGUUGGCACCCUUGUGCCCUUGCACUACCAGUCUCUGCCGCACCUUUUUGGGUACAUGGAACAGUAUGGCCCUUUUCCCAGUCCUGCUCGCAGCCUGUAUCCCAAAUCCCAGACCCUGGUGUCACAGCUGAUGGCUGCUGAAGACCUAGCGCCCCUGGGCACCCCCAUGCUGAUAAACGCUGGGUACGGGGUGACCCAGGUGGAGCUUUUUGCCCUGCUGUGCCGUCUGGCAGAUGAGCUGCUGUUCCGUCAGAUCUCUUGGAUCAAGCAGCUCCCCUUCUUCUGUGAGCUGUCCAUCGAGGACUGCACCCGCCUGCUCAGUGCCACCUGGCAGGAGCUCAUCUUGCUCUCCAGCUUCACCAUAUACAGCGCACAGAUCUUUGGAGACCUGGCAGCCGUCACCGCUAAAUACUCACCCUUGGAUGACCAAUUGAAAGAGUUUAGCGAAGAUGGAAUGGAUGUAAUGGAGAGAUUGAUUUACCUGUUCCACAAGUUCCAUCAGCUGAAUGUUAGCAACGAGGAAUAUGCCUGCAUGAAAGCCAUCAACUUCCUCAACCAAGAUAUCCGGGGGCUCAUUAACGUUUCCCAGCUUGAACAGCUUAACAAGCGCUACUGGUAUGUGUGCCAAGACUUAAUGGAGUGCAAGUACCCACAACAACCUAAACGCUUCACUGAGAUCAUGAUGUGCCUCCCAGAGAUACGUUGCAUCGCAGGGAAACUGGUGUAUUUCCCACUGGAACAACUCCCCCUACUGUUUAAGGCAGUGCUGCACUCCUGCAGAUCAAGCCUCAAGCUCUGAGAAGGGACCCUACCUUGCACAACAGGCCUGUCACUGUCUGCUGAAAACCCAACUGGUCACCUGAAGGCAAGCCGCAAAGGACAGGAACUUCCUCUCCCCAAUCCUAUUUGCCCCUUUAUGAAUGUAAUGUGCAACGUGAAUGUUUUUCCUAAAUGUAUUUAUGACAUGACAGAUCUGAAUGUAUUUUCAUCUAUGCAAGGAACAUGCCACACGCCUGCAAAUAGGCUACACAAAAUUAACCAAUAAUUGUUUCGAAGCGUAAGUGUAAUUUACAAGUGUGUUGAUCCUUAGCAAUGUAGCUAUCUUCCCAUUUCAUUUGUAGAAAAAAUAUAUUUGGGGUUCCCACUUAAAUAAUUAAUUUGAGAAAGUUGAUCAAGUGUAUGUUCUGUAUUGGUGAAGACAACAUCACUAUUCAUUUGUAUUAUUAACACAGCAUCUGCCACAUUUUGUAUUAUAAAAUACAUGUAACAUGGUUUGCUAUACUGUUCAAGGCCAGAUGAUGUCCAGAAUGGACAUGUCUUCUUAAACACAUCUUCCAACAUCACAUGAGUUUAUUUCUUCGAUUUCUACUUUUGCCCUCUAUUAGAGGCAUUAAUAUCAACAUGCGCGUGAAUCUGCAUGUCUGUAUUUUCUGUCUUAUUAUGCAAGUGAAGGGAAGAGAUUAUGUUAUAUUUUAGGUGUAUUAUCUACAGAGUUUGGCAUUUACUUGCAUUUCUUGCAUUUCAAUCAAUCAACUGACUGGGUAAUUGGUCCAGGCUGUUGUACUGUAGUUGAUCUCUAUUGCAGACGUAUCUGUAGAUGCCGAGGAGAUCAGAAGGGAAUGAUGCAUACUGUCUCAGCCUAGGUGUGGGUAGGAGUGGAUAUAUAAUAAAGAAUAAAUGCAAAAAUGACAUGUAGUAUGCUGUGUACACUGCUCUUUGAUAAAACACAGCUAUUGUUAAUUCUUUAUGUGCCAACAAAAAGGUUAGAGCC